GCCUGAUCGUGGGUGACACAGACACCUCCUCCCCCGAUUGCUUUCCUACACACCCCAUCUCCCAUCAUGGGGAAACCCGACCAUGAAGAUGACUCGGAAUUCCUUCCUAUGAGCCGCCCCAGGCUAUCCUCGUCUGCCACGUCCUCCGACUCAGGCCUGUCCAUCGGUACCACGACCUACCCGGACGAAGCCAAGUACAACGCAACCACCCCGGAAGUUAAACCAUCAAUCGAAGACCACAGAUAUCGCGAUGUGGAAGAGGGCGAAGCAGGGGCUGACGAGCCGUUCCUCCCAUCCUCCAAGAAGGCCGCCGCGGCUUCCGGGAGCCGGGCGUCUCGUCUGAUCUGGGCCCUGAUCAUACUCUGCGCGGCUGGCUGGCUAUGGGGUCUGGUGUUGUUUGUGACCCAGGGGCGUGCGAACCACCAGAGUGUCUCCGAAGCGUUGCAGUCGCACGAUUCUGAUUCGAUCUCCGGUGGUACGAGCUCGGGGAAGCCUGUCACGCUGGAACAGGUGCUCACCGGACAAUGGAUGGCUCGUUCCCAUGCGGUCUCCUGGAUUGCGGGACCCAAUGGCGAAGAUGGUCUGCUGGUGGAGCAGGGCGAAGGCCAGGUCAAGGGUUUCCUUCGUGUCGAGGAUAUCCGCAGUCACAAGAACGGCGUUGACGCCCAGGAAAGCAGGGUGCUGAUGGAGAAGGCGGUUGUGGAAGUGGAUGGACGGGCGGUCUAUCCCGUGGCCACAUGGCCUAGCCCCGACCUGAAGAAGGUGCUGCUCUUGUCCGAGCGUGAGAAGAACUGGAGACACUCGUUUACGGGAAAGUACUGGAUCUUCGACGUGGCCACCCAGACGGCGCAGCCUCUGGAUCCUGCUAACCCUGAUGCGCGGGUUCAGCUCGCCGUCUGGUCGCCCACCUCCGACGCGGUCGCUUUUGUGAGAAACAACAAUAUGUACCUGCGCAAACUGUCGUCAGAGACAAUCGUUCCCGUGACGAAGGACGGCGGCGCGCAGCUGUUCUACGGCGUUCCCGAUUGGGUGUACGAGGAGGAAGUCUUCUCGGGCAAUAGUGCAACAUGGUGGUCCGGGGACGGAAAAUACAUGGCGUUCCUUCGAACCAACGAGUCGGCCGUCCCUGAGUUCCCCGUGCAAUACUACCUGUCGAGACCGUCUGGAAAGAAACCCCUGCCCGGGCUCGAGGAUUACCCGGAAGUCCGCCAGAUCAAGUAUCCCAAGGCGGGGGCUCCCAAUCCUGUUGUCAACCUUCAAUUCUACGAUGUCGAGAAACAAGAGGUCUUCUCCAUCGAUGUGCUCGACGAUUUCGAGGACGACGAUCGGAUCAUCAUUGAGGUCAUCUGGGCGAAUGAAGGGAAGAUGCUCGUGCGCGCAACAAACAGAGAAAGCGACGUACUCAAGGUGUUCCUGUUCGACACGAAAACCAAGACCGGGAAAUUGGUACGACUUGAAAAUGUCACCAGCAUCGAUGGUGGCUGGGUCGAGCCUUCGCAGUACACCCAGUUUAUCCCAGCAGACCCCAACAGCGGCCGAUUGCACGACGGAUACCUCGACACCGUCAUCCACGAGAACUACGAACAUCUGGGCUACUUUUCGCCUCUCGACAACUCGGAGCCCGUGUUGCUCACCCAGGGUGACUGGGAGGUCGUGGAGGCACCCUCUGCCGUGGACUUGCGCAGAGGCGUCGUGUACUUCAUCGCGACCAAGGAACACCCCACUGAGCGCCACCUGUACCAGGUCCAGCUGGACGGGUCCAACCUGAAGGCUCUCACAGACACAUCCAAGCCCGGCUACUACGAGGUAUCUUUCUCCUCCGGAACCGGAUACGCCCUGCUCAGCUACAAGGGCCCGUCCGUCCCCUGGCAAGCGAUCAUCAGCACCGAGACCGACGAGAUCAAGUACGAAGAAACCAUCGAAGACAACGCCGCUCUGGCUCGCAUGGUCGACACAUACGCCCUCCCCACAGAAGUCUAUCAAAACGUGACGAUCGACGGCUUCACCCUGCAGGUCGUCGAGCGUCGCCCACCGCACUUCAACCCGGCCAAGAAAUACCCCGUCCUCUUCUACCUGUACAACGGUCCCCGAUCCCAGCAAGUCGACCGCAAAUUCACGAUUGAUUUCCAAUCCUACAUCGCCUCCAGCCUGGGCUACAUCGUCGUCACCGUGGACGGCCGAGGCACCGGGUUCAUCGGUCGCGAAGCCAGAUGCAUCGUCCGCGGCCGCCUCGGCUACUACGAGGCCUACGACCAAAUCGCCAGCGCGAAGAUAUUCGCCCAGAGACCCUACGUCGACGAGACCCGCAUGGCUAUCUGGGGCUGGAGCUACGGUGGCUUCAUGACCCUCAAGACCCUCGAGCAAGAUGCCGGAGAGACCUUCCAGUACGGCAUGGCGGUCGCCCCUGUCACCGACUGGAGAUACUACGACUCCAUCUACACCGAGCGAUACAUGCACACCCCGCAACACAAUCCCGGAGGCUACGACAACACCUCCAUCACCGACAUGGCGGCCCUGCAAAAGUCCGUCCGUUUCCUGGUUAUGCACGGCGCCUCGGACGACAAUGUCCAUCUCCAGAAUACCCUCGUGCUCGUCGACAAGCUCGACUUGGCGAACGUCCAGAACUACGAUCUCCAUUUCUAUCCCGACUCGGACCAUAGUAUCUAUUUUCAUAAUGCGCAUACGAUGGUUUAUGAACGUCUGUCGAGCUGGCUCGUCAACGCGUUCAAUGACGAAUGGCACCGCAUCGCGAGCCCCGUCCCCGACGAUUCGAUGUGGGCGCGGGUGAAGCGCUCUUUGCCUCUGACUCUCCUUUGGUAGUAACAUCAACAUCAGCCUGUUUUCGUUUUUGUAUUCAUUACCUCCGUAGCUAGUUUUAUAUAUCACUGAAGACCACGCGUGGCAUUUGUACAGACUAGAGAGUGUCUGUCUGUUCUGCUCCUCUUUGGAACGAAU